AUGGCAGACACAACGCCACCAUCAGACACACAAAAACACCUCUUCAUCCACCAACAACCUGCUACGCCUUCAUCCUCCACCCAACAACAAGCCCCAGCGCCAGCGACAACAAAAGAUGACUCCGUCCCCGCAGGCAUGACCAAACUCCCCAACGGAGUCAUCCUCGACAAGGACGGAAAGCCAUGCCGCCUCUGCACCUCCGCCGCCUCCUGGCGCGCCCUGACCAAACAAGCCAAAUCAACCCCCACCACAACCAGCAGCACCAGCAGCACCACCAUCCCAAAAGCCCUCACCACCACCCCCGGCUACACAGACUGCCCACCGGACUCAGAAGCCCUCGGCCGCUCCACCUGGACCUUCCUGCACUCAUUGACAGCGUCGUACCCGGCGCAAGCGUCCAGCGAACAACAGUCCGAGAUGCGCCAGUUCCUGGGGAUAUUCUCGAAGUUGUAUCCGUGCUGGGUGUGUGCGGAGGACUUCCGGACGUGGAUGGCGGAGCCGAGUGGGGAGAAUCAGCCCAGGUUGGGCGGACGGAAGGAGUUCGGGGAUUGGAUGUGUAGGGCGCAUAAUGAGGUGAAUCGCAAAUUGGGGAAGAGUGAGUUUGAUUGUAGGUUUUGGGAGGAGAGGUGGAGGAAGGGGUGGGGGGAUGGGAGGUGUGAGUGA